AUGACCUUUUCUAGCGAGAGUAGUGUACCUCCUCAAGAGGUCUAUAUAGGCGAAGAGGAUAUCGGUAAGGUGCUUAACGUUCCUAUACGUACACACGUCCGCAUCAGAGGCAUUGAAAACAUUCAUCCCCGUGUUAUCAGUCGUGAUGUCGAGGCAAUUAAACGGUCUGAAAACAUUGAAGACAUUACGAACAAUAUGAACGAAGCUAGAACACGAUGGGCACGCAUGGGUAUUUUCAGUAAGGUAGAUUUCAAUUUAGAGCCUACAUUUCAUGGGGAAUCUAACGAUGUUUGUGUUCAUAUCGACGUUGUGGAGGCUAAACCUAAGAAGACAUUUGGAGUCUUCACAACAGAAACAGUUCUUCCAGAGUUAACACUUUCGCUGGAAAAUAUUUUAGGUGGUAGGUACUCGCUAUCUGGAAGCUACGUUCCCCCUACAUCCCGAGCGCAUGCGGUUUCGCUUUCAAUGCUUUCGAAUGCUACGUAUUUGGGUCAAACGGGUGAGUAUUAUUUGGGGCGACGAAGUGAAAAUAAAAUGUACCAUCUUGCCAGCAACGAAAGGAUCGACGAAGUUAAAGCCACCACGAGAAAUGAAAAGCGAGGUCUUUUAUCCGAAUUCACUAUCGGAUUUCAGCGUAGGCUCCUCGUAUCGAGGGAAGGAACGAAUCUGCCUGAUGAAAUGUUACAGGACUUUAGAACGACCUUCAAAGGUUAUUUCAGGCAUGAGUUGGGAGUUUCUAACGUGUGGCAUCAUGCAGACCCCUAUCUGUGUGGCAUCUACCCGCUACCCAUAAAGGGCGUCCAGUUGAGCAUGAAAAAUGAGCUGGCGGGUGGUCCUCUCGGAGGUGGGUUCAAUUUCUUGAAGACCGAAAUUCAAACUGCCAAGUACUGGCCCUUGGGCCCUUUUUGCAGUGUUCAAUGGAACAGUAAAGUUGCGGGGAUUUGGUCAUACAAACGGGCUAGGAUACCGUUGAGUGACAGACUUUUCCUGUCGUCAUGUCACGUUCGAGGGUUCAGGAGUGUUGGUCCGUCGACAGUUGACGGUGGCGUGAGAGAGGGUGGUCACUUUGCGGCAACAGGAGGAAAUGCGCUAUGGGCGACGUCACUCAGCGUAAAUUUUCCAUUUCUCUUUUUUCCGAAUAAUGGUCUUGCAGCCAUGCAUUUAUUCGGUAAUGUCGGGAAUCUUCGAAUGGUAAAUUCGUCUUCAGAACUCUUUGACACAUACCGCUGGUUUCGUACAUGUGCUGCGUCUGUAGGCUUUGGUAUUGUCGUGACAAGGGUUCCUCUUUUCGGUGUCACGCCGAACGGUCGGUUUGAACUUAAUUUUUGUGUACCUGUUGGUGUGGAUGGGCGUGGCAACAUUACAUGGAGGAAUGGGAAUAAUCGCCUGUUUGAUCAUGUGAAAUUUGGUCUUACAUGGUCAUCCGCUUUUUCCAUGUGA